AGCCUCGCGCUGAGGAGAGACGAGGUGGCCAUGACGAAGCUGGCCCAGUGGCUGUGGGCCGUGGCCCUGCUGGGCUCCGCCUGGGCGGCUCUGACCCUGGGGCCGGGCGGGCGGGCCCUGCCCCUGCCCUGGCACCAGAUUUUGGGCCCGCUGCCCGCCUACCUGCUGGUGGUCACCGGUUGCUACGCGCUGGGCACCGUGGGCUACCGCGUGGCCCGCUUCAACGACUGCGAGGACGCCGCCCGCGAGCUACAGGCCCAGAUCCGGGAGGCCCGAGCCGACCUGGGCCGCAAGGGCCUGCGCUUCUGACCGGUUGGAUCCGUCUCCCGAUCAAUAAACAUCCCCGUUUCCCGCCGGGCUGGUGGCACGGCUGUCGGGUGGA